GUUCAACUCGCGUUUCAGCGAAAUCAUAUAAAGAAUUUUCUUCGUGAGCAGCCAUCAGUGAAAUCGAACUUUUGAUUCUCGAGUUCUAAGUAUUUUAAUAUUAUUUCUUCGAUCUCUGUUUUCCGAUUUUGUUCGAUCUUUUGAAAAGUCUGAUUUGCUGUGAAAUUCACCGUAUUUGUCUCGAUUUCAAGGGAUUUACGAAUUGAUUUGCUAAUCGUACGACUCAAAAAUUAAAACCGACUUUGGAAGAUUUGAUAUAUCGAUUUAGGAUUUAGAAGAAAUAAAGGUUGGUUUUUGUUGAUUUUGUGAAGAGCGAUGUCGUCGUUAACUGUUAGGUUUAUGAUGUAAUAUGGCAUUGGCUGUCACACACUCAUACGAUGUCGCUUUACAUUGGUCGCGAGGCUUCCAAGCUUUGGAAAAGAAUAUGUGCAGAAACUACAACUGAAAUCAACCUUCUUCUGGAGAAUUGGAAGUAUAUUCUCGGCGGUUUAAUUUGCCAGUACAUUCAUGGGCUGGCAGCUCGAUCAGUUCAUUAUUUUCAUCAUCCUGGACCAAUUCUACAAGACUCCGGGUUCUUACUUCUUCCUGAACUUGGGCAGGAAAGAGCAUAUGUCAGUGAGACAGUAUUCACCUUUGUCUUCCUUUCCUUUGUCCUGUGGACUUUCCAUCCUUUCAUAUUCAAAAGCAAAAAAAUAUACACAGUUCUUAUUUGGGUCAGAGUCCUCGCGUUUCUAGUUGCUUGUCAAUUUCUUCGUAUCAUUACAUUUUAUUCAACUAUACUGCCUGGCCCAAACUACCAUUGCCGUGAGGGCUCACGUCUUGCAACACUGCCUCGUCCAGAUAAUCUUCUUGAAGUUUUUGUAAUUAUUCCCCGGGGUGUUCUUUAUGGUUGUGGUGAUUUGAUAUUCUCAUCUCAUAUGAUCUUUUCUCUGGUAUUUGUUAGAACAUAUCAAAAAUAUGGUUCCCGGAGAUUUAUAAAACAGUGUGCUUGGCUAAUAGCCGUGGUUCAGAGUUUAUUAAUAAUUGCAUCUCGUAAGCAUUACACAGUUGAUGUCAUUGUGGCAUGGUACACAGUUAAUUUGGUUGUGUUCUUUGUUGAUCACAAGUUACCAGAGCUGCCUGAUCGAAGUCUAGGUGGACUUGUGUUACCUUUGAGCAAGGAUGGCAGAAUGAAAGAAGAAGGGACUAAACUUGUGAAUGGAAACUCUGGUGAUCCUGUAGAUCGGAGGUCAAGAAGUCAAGCAAACGGGAAGGUGAAUGAAGAAAGUGAUAAUGUACACGUGGACGUAUUAGAUGGUGCUUAGUUGAUGAAACAAAGUUUCUAUUCAGCAAUUAUGACUUGAUAUGUUGACUUUUCUUUGGUGAUGUGGAAAGUCAACGAUGGCAAAAAGAACCCUAAUUUGUAUCUUUAAGGAACUUUGAAUUUGGGUGGUUGUGUUUUUCAUAGUAUUUUAUGAAUAGGUGUUGAUGUAUUCAUUUUGUUUUUUAGAUUGUAGAGUACCCAAGUUGUAUUAUGAGUUAUGAACUUUGAAUUUCUUUAUUAGCAUUUUCAUGUUCCAAGUUGUUA